UCUUUGAGUCUACAACUGACAAAAUGUCUUCUUCAAAUUAAAAAAAUUGAGAAGCAGCACUUUAAGUCUAACUCUACACCAUUUUAUUGCAUGUAUUAGUUUUAAUAAUGAUUUUUGGUGCAUGCCUUUGGGCUUAUUCAAAAGUGUACAAUAGGAGAGUAUAUUUCCUUUCUUAGAAAGGAGAUGUUUUCUACUUUGCAACAUGUGAUUACAAAAAUCUUCCUCUGUGGGAAGAUUAACCAUGUAUUGAACUACUGAAAAGUAUAUAUUUUUAGAUAUACAGAAGGAAUCUACAUGGAGCAGCAUUCAGACCUAUAUAGAAGUCAUAGCAUUCUGUAUAGGACCAAAAAGGAAAUAACAUUAAACACUUAAACAGACUUUGUUGGGUAGAAAUACCUUUAGAUCUUGCAUUUACUUCCAAAAAGAAAAAAUGCCACAGAAGUUUGCUGAAAACUUUUGUCAUUUGAAUUUUCUCUGUCAGUGUAUUUAGCCCAAAUACAACAGCUUUGGGUUAGCACACACAUAAGAAUCAAAAAAACAAAGCUAACUAAAUAAAUCAGUCUGGUUUGCCAAUUCAGCUUGACUGAAAUAAGUAAACUAAUCACUUGCAACAUGAAAAACUGUCCAACUCCUCUAAGGUUCUGACAAAAUAACCUUGGCUGAUGUGGGAAGACUCCCACUUCAAUUUCUGAACUGACAGUGAAGAUUCAUGUUUGACAUGAUUUCAUACUUGACAGUGUCUGUUUAAGGAGCUAUGGUACAGUUUGCUAAUUCAAUCCCAGAUACCUGUUGAUUACCUGUGAGAUCUAGAGUCCAAAGUAGCCAGCAGCCAUAUCCCUGAGUGCUCUGUGCCCAUCAGAUAUCUUAAAGUAAGCAGGGUUGGGACAGGUCACAGCUUGGAUGAUUGACCUCAGGUGCAGUAGACAGCCCCAGAUUCAAGAAUUGUAUCUGCUUUCUUGGCAGUCGUCAUAGAACUAAUGUCCCAUACUGUGUUACUUACUGUAGAUGCUCUCUUUUAGAGGAGGCCCAGAGCACACAUCCUAAUCGCUAGUGGUACUCAGAGAGGGGGUGCUAACUCUGAUGCCCUGGCCAAAUUCCAGUUUAGGGAUGUGGGUCUUCUUCUUGUCAUUCUAAUUGGAAAUGUGCAUCACUUCCCAUUUUUCUUAUUGAUCUCAGUGCAAACUACACUAGUCUCUUUCUUUGCCCUGGUCCCAAGUCUCUGAGAUGCUGGUAUUAUAUGGGCUAAGUUCAUGCGUUAUCCUAAGGCACAAGAGUUGAGGAAUGGGUGAGUUUGGUGUCAGAGUGCCUUGUGGUUGGAGGGUGGACUCUUGUGAUGCUUUGGGGAUGAAAUUGGCCCUCUUUUAGCAUAAGUCGGGGAGUGUGCACUGGCUGGAGGCUUCCAGAGGCUUCCAGCCAUGAGGUGUGAGCUGAAACCAAUUUUUCCUCUUUCCUUAUAGCAUGUUGAGAAAAUCUGUUGGGUUUUCAGCAGUCAGGGAAGGCCGGAGUUCUGCUUUAAUCUGGGUAACUGAGGCUAAUGUGAGCAAGACUUUGGUUAAUUAACUGGGUUCUCAGAUGCCACAGACUCCGUGAGAAGUCACCAUUAUUUUCAAUGGUUGUGAUAGAAUUUCCCCCUAGUAGCCAUUAUUUUAAGAUUAUAUUGCAGAGUUGCUUUAUUUUGAGCUUUUCGUGUAUACACAAUCCCAAACUGGAAGAAAUUUUAAAAAAAGGAAUCCUGCUGUGAAAGGUAUAUAUUACUCUAGAUUUUUCUUACUGUAAAUAUUGUAAGAUUGUAAUACUGUCAAUAUUUUAUUAACCAACAAAUGUUAAUCUAUGUGAAAUCAGACUUAUUUUAAAUGUGCUUCUUAUUUACUGUGUGUGGUCCCUGUUGCUGACAGUAUUAAGUUAUAUUCUGAUGUAAGAUUAACUUUAUUAAAGAAUGUAAACAUUAAUGUUUCCUUAUGGGAAAACAAAUAAAGUAUAAAGAAGACAAUUCUUUUCAUUGAAAUAUACUGUGUAUUUACACUUGCUAGACCCAGCACCACUUAUAAAUUUAGUACACUGUUCAGAAUUUUAGUUAACACAGCUGACAUGGUUGUGCUCUGUUUGAAAGUCUAAGAAUAGGUAUUGUUGGAAUAUACAGUUUGUAUUUGUCUGCUGUUAAUCAUAAUCUUGAAAUUUCUAAUCAAGUUUGUAAAAUUUUUAUAGUGAAACAUUUUAAUGACAAUUUAAAAAUUUAUCUUCUCUAAAGAAUGAUCAAAACAAUAUCCUUUCAGAAAUAGAAUUGUUCUUUAAUAUCUUUCCAAAAUGACUUUGGUUAAAUGGACCAGAUGUAUAUUAGUUAAAAUUUAGGACUAAGUUGUUGAUAUUCUUUGAGUUUACAAGUUAAUCCUUAUUGGAGAUGUGCCAAUAUACAGUUAGAAUAUCAUUAAUUUGCACUGUUUGGGGACCCCAUUUAAGAAUGCUGAAUUUUGCCAACUAAGAAGUAAGCAAAUGCAAUUUAAAAAGUAAAUUUGAGCAUUCUGUAUUAAAUAUGUGCAGUUAUUAUCACAUGAAGAAACGCAGUGUGUCGGGCUGUAAUAUUACCAUAUUUGCUGUCAUGUUCUCCCAUCUAAGUGCUGGGAACUCACCAUGUGGAAACCAAGCAAACGUGUUGUGCAUCAGCCGGCUUGAGUUUGUUCAAUAUCAAAGCUGAAAACUAGCGAGGUCUGCUGUACUGCUUAUUGAAGUAUUGUGAUUAUUUUAGGCAUUGAUUCUUACAAAAUAUAUACUGUAACAGUAUACUUUGUACAGAUUUAAAUUUUAUUUGAAAAAAUGAAAUAAAGUAGGCAAAAAUAAAGAUGUUUAUUUUUCAUGUGACUGU